AUGGCUUUUCCUUCUAACGCUGAACGGUUUGACCCACUGGUCCCGAUGGCUAGACCGGACGACUUUUGUCCUUUCAGAAGAGGCGUAGGCUUCCUUCCAGCUACUAUGAUCAAGCGGCUGUUUGACCCCAUCGGCCUAGGAGACCUGGGGGCGCUGGAAGUGACCCCUGUGACCUUCGACCCAAAGAUACCCGGCUUCAUCCUGGACACGAUACGGAGCCUCUGCCCGUGCGCGCUGUCGAUCGACGACGCCGCAGAGGGAGCCAUGACGUUCGAGCAGCAGGUGGUUGGGAUGGACGUCUCAGCCAAGAUCGCCCGCCUGGAUGCAUUGGGGCAGGAGGCCAGGAAGGCGUCUGCGUGCAGCGUCUGCUCUCGCUGCCGCCGCGGAACACUGGCGAGCUUUGUGUCCGCCGGCGGCUACGACGCCCUGGCCCUCGGCCACCACCUGCUGGACGACCUGGAGACCCUGGCGAUCACCGGGGUCCACGGGGCCUCCUUCUUCGGGCUCCGGGGGUACUACAACUGCGAGGUCAUGGACUUUGCCAGCAGGGCCAAGCAUCGAGUGUGCAUUCUGCGGCCCAUGCUGUCCGUCCACGUCAGCGAGAUCUCCCGGGUGGUGCUCCACAACGGCCUCUCCUGCGUCGCGUCGGAUGCCGCAGAGUGCAGCGUGUCGAUCUCGAAGACGGCGGACACCGAGCCCUUUCCGGGGGAGCGCUUGCGGGUGCGGAGGCUCCUCGGCUCCGUCGACAUCUCCGGGAUAUGCGCGUUCAGAGACAGGCACCGGCAGGCGAUAGCUCCGUUUACUGGGGAAUCAUAUUAG